AUAAUUGUUAUAAUAAUAUCGAUAUAUUAAAUGGAAAAUAUAAAAAAGGAUAAUUUUGAAGGGGACGUUGAUCUGAGUAUAUCAUUAAAUCGAUGGAUAUUAAAACCAAUAGGAACGUGGCCUUCGUUGAAAGUAUCUAAAACAAAACGAUUAGAUUAUUUUUUGAAAAAAUUAGCAAUCCUAAUCUGUUACAUAUUAUUGUGUUUUGUUUUAAUACUCGGAAGUAUGUUUAUCAUUCUCGAAUUGGAAGAUUUUUACAAUUCAUUAAAAAUAGGAAGCGCAUUGAGUUUUUUCUUAAUGGCAGCCAUGAAAUAUUUCUUUUUAAUAAUUCGCGAAAAUGAUAUUAAAAGUUGCAUAGAUUCCAUUGAAAUGGAUUGGAAGGAUGUUAAAUAUUUGGAAGAUAAAAAGAUAAUGAUAGAUAAUGCUAACUUUGGUAGAAAAUUGAUCAUAAUUUGUGGUUUUUUUAUGUACGGUGGUGUUGUUUUUUAUUACAUUGCAUUACCAAUGACACAUGGACGUGCAUUAGACGAGGAUAGAAAUAUAACAUAUAGACCAUUGGUUUAUCCCGUACCAAAGAUAAUAGCCGAUGCACAAAUAAGUCCGACAAAUGAAAUAUUUUAUUUCAUACAAUUGUGUUCCGGUUUGGUUGCACACAACAUAACAGUUGCAGCUUGCGGUUUGGUUGCCCUUCUUGCAAUGCACGCAUGCGGUCAAUUAGAAAUUCUCGUUUCCUGGCUCGAAUAUUUGGUAGACGGAAGGGAAAAUGUUUCCGAUACGCUUGACGAACGAUUGGCUGAUAUUGUUGAACAACACGUACGUGCAUUUAGUUUUAUUAAACGUACAGAAGAAGUUAUAAGUGAAAUAUCUUUGGUUGAAAUCGUCGGAUGCACAUUGAACAUUUGUUGUCUUGGAUAUCAUUGUAUGAUGGAAUGGGAUAUUAAAAAACCACUCGGUAGUGUUACUUAUUUGAUAUUACUCACUUCGGUGACCUUCAAUAUCUUCAUUUUUUGUUACAUUGGGGAAGUUCUUGCCGAGAGGACCUUGAAAGUUGGCGAAAGAUCUUACAUGAUUGAUUGGUAUCGUAUACCAGACAGAAAAAAUCUUGCAAUUGUGUUAAUAAUUAUGAUGUCCAAUUCAACAACCAAAUUAACUGCUGGAAAUUUGAUCGAUUUAUCAAUAAGCAGUUUUUGCGACAUUAUCAAAUCAUCUGUCGUCUAUUUAAAUAUGUUACGAACAGUAACGUAA